UCGCGUGCUCAGGUUGCGUUGGUUAGGUUCAGGCAGGAGGAGGGUUAUGUUUAGGCAAGAGGAGUGGGAUUGGUUGUGGUUAGGGUAAGAAUGUCAGGGCGAGCCAAUCAGGGAUGAGUCUUCUCCUCCCAUCCUGUCCAAAAAUACUUCGUUUCCUGGGAAAGCUGUACAAUACUUUAUUUACCUGUCUAUGGUACUGUCCUCCAUCCGUGUUUCUGUAACUGUCUGUGGGGUAACGUUCUGGUCGCUUACACCCGUUUUGCAUUGUAAUACAGCGCAUUAAACCCGGUCGCUCCGGGUAUUGGACGUCUGUUGUCCUUGUUCCGUGUUUCUUGAAACCUGACGUGUUAUGCCAACAGUACUCUACAUCUAGGCUGCUACAUUUCGCAGGUGUCUGCUCCCCUGUAUCCACAUGGCUCGGGUCUUCGUCUAUGGCACCCUGAAGAAGGGGCAGCCCAACUACUACCGUAUGUUUGAGAGUGCCAAUGGUACGGCGGAGCUUCUCGCCUCGGCCUACACCACCCAGAAAUACCCACUCGUGAUCGCCGGCAAGUACAAUAUCCCUUUCCUCCUCAACAUCCCCGGCCAGGGUCACAGAGUGCAAGGCGAGAUUUAUAAAGUAGACGACAAGAUGCUGAAAUUCCUGGAUGACUUUGAAGGGGUUCCCACCAUGUACCAGCGAACUCUGGUCCAUCUGGAGGUGAAGGAGUGGGUGGGGAAGGCAGAGGGAGAGGAGAGGCCGAAAGCAGGGAGCAUCACAGAAGCGUUUGUGUACAGCACGACUGCGUACCAGCCAGACUGGCCCUCACUGCCCUGCUAUGACAGCUACGACGCAUAUGGAGAUCAUGGGCUCGAGUAUGUGACCAGAGAAGUACGAGACUGAUGU